AUGCGUUCCAGUAUUCUCUAUCCCUCGCCCCAAAGCCUCUUUGGUAUGUGUCUGUGCCAACAUGUCUCCCACGAAACCCGAUUGCCCUACACUGUUGUAUGUGCUCGUGUUCAUACAGAACUGCUCAAGUCGGCCAACUCCUCCAAUCCCCUUUUGGCAUGGCUAUUUUGCCGCCAAACUGAACUGGUCUUCGAGAUUGGGCUGGGUCUGUCCUCUCUCAUUCUCACUCUCUCCUGCUCUUCUCGUCUUUCGUUUCGCCCUUCUUUUCUCCUCCCGUUCUCUCUAUCUCUCUCUCUCUCUCUCACACACACACACAUAUACUCUCGCUCUCGCCCGGCCGCUUUCCAGCUCUCUGUCUCGUUGUCGCCCAGUCUCGCAUCAUCUGGUCUUGGC